UGUUGUCACUCAUUACGUCAUCGUUAAAGGCUCAGUUCACGGAUCUGACUGCACCGUGUUUGGCCUUGAGCCUCAGGAUGAGGAACAUGUGGUCUCGCAGUAUCAGUGUGGAGAGAGCGUCAUGAAUGGGAAAAUUGUCAAGGCAUCGACCAUUGAUGUGUUGAACCUGUUGGCUCGCCAUGGCUUCAAGGUCGUCAGCAGCACCGGAGAAACCGACACUAUUUGGACCCUCGAAGUGCGCAGGACUGUCUCCUCUCAGCACUCCAUGUUGGGCCUCCCAAAAAACUAAUCAAAGAAUAAUGUCCUCUCAUCACCAGCACAAUUGCCUUGAUCACGCACCUGCUCACUCUUCUGUGCAACAAUCACUCGAUGAAUUGAAUUUUGAGCGUGGAAUUUGGCCUGCAGCACUUGAUGGUGACCUGAAAAAGGUUACUGAGCUUCUAAAUAAACAAGUUUCGUGGGUUCACCGACCAGACAAUGCCGGAUACACUGCUCUCCACUACGCAGCCAAGGCUGGCCACCUUGACGUCUGCCAACUACUGAUUCGCAGAGGGGCCGACGUCAAUGCUGUCACUAAAGCAGGACUGGCCUCUCCUCUUCACCGAGCUGCUAUGUGUGGAAAACACUCUAUUUGCGAGUUGUUGCUCAAAUCAGGAGCUGACGUGAAUUUGCAAGACGCUGAUGGCAACAGUGCUCUAUCAAGGGCGAAUGGUCACCACAAAGUAGCUGAAUUGUUAAUUGAGCACGGUGCAACGUAAACUGCAUGCAUUCUUUGCACAAGAAAAGUGAACUUUUGCUUCCUAAAUUUGUUUCUGCUUUGAUGUUGGUGCUUUCUUCUUACGUUUUAUAUUUUUUGUAAUCUAGGUCGCAGAUUAACAAAAUAAUAAGCUUGUAGUGAAUUAACUUGAUAAA